UGGGAUAUGCGGAGCCGGGACUUGGAAACUUGAUUAUUGUGAUUCUUCUUCGUGGGGGCUGUGAAACUUCUUUUAAUUUUUCCGGAGAGAAAGUUUUUGGAAGGAAUCUUCUAGAUACUUCUUCAUUUUACUUUGGAGGAUAGACUUUUUCGUCUUCUUUAUUACUCCCCUCCCCCCGUGGGACCCGCCGGACUCCUGGAGAAGACCGCACCCGAAGCUGAUUCUAUACAACGGGACAGCGCUUUCCGUUCUUGGGGGAGCGACCCCUCUCACCCCCAAGUUCUACGGAGCCCGGACUUUCAGGAGGAGGCGCAGCGGCGUCCUGUGGGGGCCUGGGCACCGCAGAAGGACUACACAGAAACUUUGCCAUUGUUGGGGCGGGACGCUGUUCCCUCCUCGAGCUUCCUCGGACAGCGGACUUUGAGGAUUCACUCGUCUCACUCCGAACUUGCACCUUACUUUCCCCAUCCGGCCAUAGCCUUGGCUUCCCGGCGACCUCAGCGUGGUCACAGGGCCCCCCCUGUGCCCAGGGAAAUGUUUCAGGCUUUUCCCGGAGACUACGACUCCGGCUCUCGGUGCAGCUCCUCACCUUCCGCCGAGUCUCAGUAUUUGUCUUCAGUGGACUCCUUCGGCAGUCCACCCACCGCCGCCGCCUCCCAGGAGUGCGCCGGUCUCGGGGAAAUGCCCGGUUCCUUCGUGCCCACGGUCACCGCGAUCACAACCAGCCAGGACCUCCAGUGGCUCGUGCAACCCACCCUCAUCUCUUCCAUGGCCCAGUCCCAGGGGCAGCCACUGGCCUCCCAGCCCCCAGUUGUUGACCCCUACGACAUGCCGGGAACCAGCUACUCCACACCAGGCAUGAGUGGCUACAGCAGUGGCGGAGCUAGUGGCAGUGGCGGGCCUUCCACCAGCGGAACCACCAGUGGACCUGGGCCUGCCCGCCCAACCCGAGCCAGGCCUAGAAGACCCCGAGAGGAGACGCUUACUCCAGAAGAAGAGGAGAAGAGAAGAGUUCGCAGGGAACGGAACAAGUUGGCAGCAGCUAAGUGUAGGAAUCGUCGGAGGGAGCUGACUGACCGACUCCAGGCGGAGACAGAUCAAUUGGAGGAAGAAAAGGCAGAGCUGGAGUCGGAGAUUGCCGAGCUCCAAAAGGAGAAGGAACGUCUGGAGUUUGUGCUGGUGGCCCACAAACCGGGCUGCAAGAUCCCCUACGAAGAGGGGCCCGGGCCGGGCCCGCUGGCGGAGGUGAGAGAUUUGCCGGGGCCAGCAUCCGCUAAGGAAGAUGGUUUCAGCUGGCUGCUGCCGCCCCCGCCACCACCGCCCCUGCCCUUCCAGACCAGCCAAGACGCAGCCCCCAACCUGACAGCUUCUCUCUUUACACACAGUGAAGUUCAAGUCCUCGGCGACCCUUUCCCCGUUGUUAACCCUUCGUACACUUCCUCGUUUGUCCUCACCUGCCCGGAGGUCUCCGCGUUCGCCAGCGCCCAACGCCCCAGCGGCAAUGACCAGCCUUCCGACCCCCUGAACUCGCCCUCCCUUCUUGCUCUGUGAACUCUUUAGAAACACAAAACAAACAAACACACAAGGGAGAGAGAUUUGGAAGAGGAGGAGGAAGGAGAGAGAAGGGAAGAGACAAAGUGGGUGUGUGGCCUCCCUGGCUCUUCUGUGUGACUCUGACGCCCUGUGCCACUGCCUUCAGACAGGAGGACUCCUUUGUUUUGUGCUGCCUCUUGUUCCGGGCCGGCAAGGCCGGAGAGCUGGUGACUUUGGGGACAAGGAGUGGGAAGGGGAUGGGCACGGGCCAGCUGCCUGUUGACCCUCUCACCUCAAUCCAGCCUUUGAUGAUGGUGGGGGGUGACGCCCACUUUGGGGCAGUCCUGUGUGAGGCUGGAGGGACAGUGUGCUAGGUGGGUGUGGGGUGGGCUGGAGUCCUCUCCAGAAAGGUCCAACAAGGAAAUGCCACCUUCCCAAUAUCUCCCACGCUGACCCCUUAGGGGCUGGCUCCCCCUGCCCUCCUGACCUCAGCUUAUUUAUCACGUAUUUCCACAGGGCUAUAUCCUCCUCUGGGCAGAAUUGAGCCCCCACCUUAGAGGGAAGUCGAUGUCCCCUAUGAUAGCUCCCUCCCCCAUCCAGAUUUAUUCUGAAAUGUGAACUUCCUUCCCUGACCGUCCAGCCACUCCCUCCCAGAAAAACUGGGUCUGAUUUGAAUUUUGCCUCCUAAGGAUCCCCCCAAUUCCACUUCCCCCUACUCCCCUCCUGGCCUUCCUUGUUGGUCCCUUCUGACUUCAAGCGGCAGGGGCGCUGUGGUGGCCGUCCUGCUGGGGUGUUUAUACUGUGAAACGAGUUGGCCGAUUGUGGGGGGAUUGGGUGGGACAGCGCCCUUCUAGAGGGAUUGUGCCCUUCACUCCCAAAACUUUUCCUUGGUCUCUCCUCCCCAUCCAUCUGCUUCCUCCCUGCCCUCAAUGGUGAGUUAGACUCAAGGAGAUGACAGAAUUGAGGGGAGGGUGACAGCUCUCCAUCCACGUGGCCUCUCUCUCUCUCUCUCCUCAGGACCCCCAGGCCCGAGCCCUGGCCUUUUCCUUUAAGUCCCAAUCACUUGUCCCCAGCCUAGGAAGCCAACUUCUCCCUUCCCAUCUGGCCACCCAAAGCCUCUCUAGAAAGGGAGCAAGGGGGCUCAAUAUUUUUUCUGGAGAAGAUUUCAGGGCUGAGGCUUUGGUACGCACACCCCACCCCCUCCACCGACCCUGAAUAUUUUUGGACUGGCAAACUCCUGGUGCCGGCUUCCAAACUCCGCCCCCGACUCCCCCAGCCCCAAGCCCUGGUUUCGGCUUUCCCUCCCCGCCUUCCCUGUGCUUCACCUGGUGAGAAUUUUAUCAUAAGACAAAUCUCUAUUUUUUAAUAUAGAGGGUGGACCACACCACCCUCCGUUGCUGCAUGGAAAACAUUCCACGUGCCCUGUCGCUCGUCUCCUGGCCAAAACCCCCAGACCACCAUCCCCCGUAGCUAUUUAUCCCUUUCCUGGUUUCUGAAAGGCACUUAUAUCUAUUAUGUAUAAAUAAAUAUAUUAUAUAUGGGAUGUGUGUGAGCGUGUGAGUGUGUGAGCGCUUCUGCAACCUUGGCCUCAGUCACGUUGACCCCAAAUGCAAGCCAUUGAAUUGGAAACACGGCUUCUGGAAACUUGGAGCCAGCCUGUCACUGGCUGAUCCUUUUUUGAUUGUCUUGUCCCUGAUUGUUUCUGACAGUCUCAGGCUGUCUCCUGAGCAUGUCCCUCCCUCUGUCUUAUUUUCAUCUGACCAUUCCCACCUGUUUCCUAUCUGACUGUCUCUGAACCUGUAGCUGUCUUCUGACACUGGGUUCACUGGGGACAUGAGAUUUUAUUUUUGUGAGGAAGCCUUAGGGAUCAUUGAUUUUUACAAUCUGUGUGUUUGAGAAUUCUGAGUGACAGUGUGAGACUAUGAGCAGGGCCUGGCCCUGCCACCCACAAUUAUUGAAUACCCAACCCCUCUACCCCAUGCUGUAUUUGUGGUUCUUUUUGUAUUUUGCACCUGACCAGGUGGCUGGGGCAGACUGGCACUGGGCCGCUUUCCCCACACCUUGGUUCUGCACUUUCGCCAAUAAAAAGCUCUU